AACAAUACUCUUCAUGAAUGAAUAUAUAGACCCUAACUUUUGCAUGCUAAAAGAUAAUUCUUUUCUGCAUUCUUGGUUAUAACAUUGUAAUAAAAUUUGCAAGUAUUCUCAACUACUGAACGGGAUUUUGGUCAUGGGAAGGCAACCUUGUUGCGAGAAGGUUGGACUAAGACGCGGUCCAUGGACGAUGGAAGAAGAUUCUAAGCUCAUGAACUUCAUCCUCAACAAUGGAAUACAAUGCUGGCGGCUCGUCCCAAAACUUGCAGGCUUGAUGAGAUGUGGAAAGAGUUGUCGACUGAGGUGGAUAAAUUACCUAAGGCCAGACCUUAAGAGAGGCGCAUUGACAGAAGCAGAGGAAGAUAUGAUCAUUGAACUUCAUUCUCGACUGGGCAACAGGUGGUCUAAGAUAGCUGCACAUUUUCCAGGACGGACUGACAACGAAAUAAAGAACCAUUGGAAUACAAGGAUCAAGAAGAAGAUGAAACUCAUGGGGUUAGACCCGACGACCCACAAGCCGAUUGAGCAGAACACUCAAUAUUCUGCCGCAGAAAGUGAAGAAAUCCAUCAGAAGGUGGAAUUUCAUCAAGAACCUGUCUCAUUCUCACAAAUGCAAGAAAACACAGAAGGGUCGGCACCGAUUUGUGGCUCAAAUCAAGACAGAAGUAAUUCUUGUACCAAGAUUUUUGAUAUGGAGUCUUCAGUUCUGUUCCAAAACAAAGAGCCUGUGGGGAAUUUUCCCAUGGAUCUGUACCAGAAUUGGAUGGAUAGCCCCUUUGUCUGGGAUGGUUUCAGCUGCUUGGAGGGCAGCUUUCCAUGAGAAAUUCAAGGAAAAUGGUUCUUGGGUGUAAAGUUCAAACAAUGUUAUCCAUAUUGUCAACUUUUUGAGUUCACAUGCCUCCUAUUUUGAG